ACACAGACGAUCCCUUCACUAAUGCUGACAUAGCGCUACAAGCUGAGCCGGUCCGUGUGAUGUGCUCGCGGUGUAACCGCUAACAAAUAACAUACUGUUUAUAUUCUCUCUGUCGUCGGAUAAACGGGGCAGUAAACGGGACACCUCCACAAUGAGCACUAUGUUCGCAGACACGAUCCUGAUCGUGUUCAUCUCUGUCUGUACAGCGCUGUUAGCCGAAGGGAUUACCUGGGUUUUAGUGUAUCGGACUGAAAAGUACAAGAGGUUAAAGGCUGAAGUGGAAAAACAAAGCAAAAAACUUGAGAAGAAAAAGGAAACCAUCACAGAAUCUGCAGGACGUCAACAGAAGAAGAAGAUUGAAAGACAAGAGGAGAAACUGAAGAACAACAACAGAGACUUGUCUAUGGUGCGCAUGAAGUCCAUGUUCGCCAUAGGCUUCUGCUUUACAGCUUUGAUGGGCAUGUUCAACUCCAUCUUUGAUGGAAGAGUAGUGGCCAAAUUGCCAUUCGUGCCACUGUCCUACAUCCAGGGACUGUCGCAUCGCAACCUGCUGGGCGAGGAUUACACUGACUGCUCCUUUAUCUUCCUCUACAUCCUCUGCACCAUGUCCAUCAGACAGAACAUUCAGAAGAUGCUCGGCCUCGCACCCUCCAGAGCUGCAACAAAACAGGCCGGAGGCUUCCUGGGUCCUCCUCCCCAAGCAGCUAAGUUUUCCUAAUUGUCGGACAGGUUCAACAGCUCAGCUUCCGCACUGCGACUGCGUGUGGUCAUGGCUCCUUCAUCAGAACACAGACACAACUGCUUCUACAGUAUCGGAGCAAACGUAUUAUUAGUUGCAGCUACUGUAUCACUACCUUCUGUGAUUUCUUUUUUUUUUCAUUCAUGUUUUGUUUAUUUAACUUUAAGAUUGUUUCACUUAGAAAUUAGAGGAAGUUCUUAAUUAUGUGGAUUACCAAAGGAUACAAAUAUCUACUUUGUAUUCAUCACAUGCCAGACAUUGUUUUGGGAUUUUAACUGUUAAUUGGCACUGUAACAUCUGAUCCAUUUGUCAGUAUUAUUGUAUGUCAUUGUGUGUAUCUGGAUUUCUGACACAUUAAUAAAGUUUUUGAUUACACUUU